ACAAGGUAGAGAGAAGACUGUCUAGAGAGAGAGAAAGAAAGACUCAAUUUCCAUUCCAAAUAUUCCAUUGAAUAGUACCCUUUUUUUUGUGCUUUUGUUUUCUCGAAUUCCAACCAACCCCUGCAUAAACCACCAUUUACAUCCCUGCACCUCCUUUUUCAUUCCCCAUUAUAAAGAAAAGGGAGGAACCGACCCCUCCUUCCUCUCUCUCUCUCUCUCUUUCUUUCUUUCUUUCUCUCACUUGCUGUUUCUCUAGGGGAAAGGUCCUCUGAUCCUUUCUGCAUCCGUAAAUUCACAAGUUGCCCUUUUCACUAACUUUUUCCUUCAAACCAUCAUCCCCAAAAAAACUUCUGUUACUUACUUUCUCUGUUCCUGCAUUUUUUAAAUCUGACUGGUUGUAGUCUCUGGAAUUCCUUAGUCUCUGGGUCUAUUUUUUAUUUUACAUCUGAUCUUUUCUAUCAACCCUAGAGGGAUCCUAGUAAAAAGCCUAUAUCCUCUUCCCUUGCUCGCUCUUUCUCCCACAACACCCAUGCAAAUCAUGAGGCACUCAUGAUAUAAUCACAACACUUCCCCUCCCGUUCCUUUUCGGCUGUCUUCAUUUCUUUGCCUUCGAAGUUCUAAACCCCCUUUUUCCUGUCGAUUUUCCUUUCCUUUUUUCUUUUUAUAUUUGGCAGUGCCUUGCUUACACUUCUCUUCAUUCAUUCUCUCUAUUUUAAUCUCUUGUCUCUGCUAGCAUAUACCUCCUGCAGGGUUUUCUUUUCUUUUUUUUUUGCUCAUCUCCUGCAGGGCUUUUGACUAAGAUCUUCACCUUUUCCUCAUGUUCACAAGCUCAAACAAUAUAAUGAGAAUCACGCCUUUGCCUGAUCUAUCCUUGCAGAUUAGCCCACCGUCCGUUUCAGAUUGUAAGGCUAAGGAAAUGGCCUACGAUGGGUUACCAAGAAAAUCAAUCUAUAGUGAUAGGAGCUCAACGACUGAUUCUGGCAGCAGCGGCAGCGAUUUGAGCCAUGAAAAUGGAUACAGUAAUCCUGGUCCUGGAGAGCCCACGUUGAGCUUAGGGUUUGAAAUGGCAGAUUUGGGUCCUCCCCAUUUACAGCUACCAAGAAACCUUAAUCAUCAUCAGCAUCAAUAUCAGCCUCAAAUCUAUAGUCGUGAUUUCAAGAGAAAUGCAAGAAUGAUUAAUGGAGUGAAAAGAAGCAUCAGAGCUCCCAGAAUGAGAUGGACUACAACCCUUCAUGCUCAUUUUGUUCAUGCAGUCCAGCUUCUCGGAGGCCAUGAAAGAGCAACACCAAAGUCUGUCUUAGAGUUGAUGAAUGUCAAGGAUCUAACCCUAGCUCACGUGAAGAGUCACUUGCAGAUGUAUAGAACAGUGAAGAGCACUGACAAAGGAUCAGGUCAAGGGCAGACAGAAAUGAGUUUGAACCAAAGGACAGGGAUUGUUGAUUUGGAUGGAAGACUAUCAUGCGGAAAAGCUGAUACCAACCCUUCUUAUUCUCUCAAACCAUCAUCACCCUCAUCACAACCGACACCACAAAGGACCCAAAGUGGUUCAUGGCUAUCCUCAACGAAGACAAAUAAUUUGAGCAUAUCAAGCCAUGGAAAUGGCUUGACUUUUAAACCUAAUCAUGUUAAGGUGGAUGGAGACAAGGCAGUCCUCCAUGUGUCAGAUAGAAUGAAGGAGAGGUUGGAUUCCAGCUCCUUGUCACCUUCAGACAUGUUCCUUAACCUUGAAUUCACCCUCGGAAGGCCAAGCUGGCAAAUGGACUACGCUGAAUCUUCAAAUGAGCUAACCCUUCUCAAGUGUUAGACACUAUAAAACCAGCCAAUAUAAUGUUUUUUCCUGUGAAUUUCGGGGGGGAAAUAUCUAACUUUCAUGAACUUGCUUGUUCCAUGUUCUUUAAAUUUUGUCUGGAAUGAGAAAAAAAAAGUGAAAAAAAGCGUCUGAGUACUCUUUAUCACAUGAAAAAAUUUGCUGUA